CCGGGUGGAGGACGGCGCUCAGGUGAUGUGGGAGCCGGCGGGGACGUUUGCGGGCGACACCCGGGCGCGGGCCGGAAGUGGGGCCGCAGAGAAGAGCGUCGCCGGAGCUCCUGGCUAGACGGCGACGGCGGCGGCCCCUGGACUGCGGGAGGACGAUGAGGAGGAGCGAGCGGCGCGGCGCGGGGCGACGCUGCUGCGCGGCGCCCGGUUUCGAGCCCGCGGCCGACUGCGCGGCCUGCCGGCAGGUCUGAGAUACUUACAGAGAGCUACAAUGGAAAAGUCCUGGAUGUUCUGGAACUCCAUUGAAAGAUGGCUGAUAGCCUUGGCUUCCUGGUCUUGGGCUCUGUGCCGCAUUUCUCUCUUACCUUUAAUAGUGACAUUCCAUCUGCAUGGAGGCAUUAUCUUGCUUUUGUUAAUAUUCAUAUCAAUAGCGGGUAUACUGUAUAAGUUCCAGGAUGUAUUGCUUUACUUCCCAGAACAGCCAUCCUCUUCACGCCUUUAUGUUCCCAUGCCCACCGGUAUUCCUCAUGAAAACAUUUUCAUCAGAACCAAAGAUGGAGUGCGUCUGAAUCUGAUUUUGAUACGAUACACCGGGGACAAUUCACCCUACUCCCCGACUGUCAUCUACUUUCACGGGAAUGCGGGCAACAUAGGUCACAGGUUACCAAAUGCACUGCUCAUGUUGGUUAACCUCAAAGUGAAUCUUUUGCUCGUCGACUAUCGAGGCUAUGGGAAAAGCGAAGGUGCAGCCAGCGAGGAAGGACUGUAUUUAGACUCGGAAGCCGUGCUGGACUACGUGAUGACGAGGCCCGACCUUGACAAGACCAAAGUUUUCCUCUUUGGCCGUUCCUUGGGGGGGGCAGUGGCUAUUCAUCUGGCUUCCGAGAAUUCACACAGGAUUUCAGCCAUCAUGGUGGAGAACACCUUUCUAAGCAUACCACACAUGGCCAGCACUUUGUUUUCAUUCUUCCCAAUGCGUUACCUUCCUUUAUGGUGCUACAAAAAUAAGUUUUUGUCCUACCGAAAAAUCUCCCAGUGCAGAAUGCCUUCGCUCUUCAUUUCCGGACUCUCUGACCAGCUAAUUCCACCAGUGAUGAUGAAGCAGCUCUAUGAGCUCUCCCCGUCUCGGACUAAGAGGCUGGCCAUUUUCCCAGAGGGAACGCAUAACGACACGUGGCAGUGCCAAGGCUAUUUCCCUGCACUGGAGCAGUUCAUCAAAGAGGUGGUGAAGAGCCAUUCUCCAGAAGAGAUGACAAAAACUGCAUCCAACGUGACCAUUAUAUAGUGUCCCCAUUUUUCUGAUGAAUGCAUUUGUAUUUUAAUUUGUGCAGGAUGAUAAAGAAUGUUCCUUUCUAGAAGCGUGUCAUGUCUGUACUUGUCUGAAGAGUAACAUUAAAUUCUGAAAGGACCUCAGUGCUCCUUUAUGAUCAUCCAAAUGGUUUUAUUUUUACUUUUGAAGAACUGUACUUUUUGGGUUAUGGUUAUUUCAUACAAAACUUUCAGUGUGCUUUGUAUCCAUAACUUUUGUUUACUAUGUCAGUAUAAUAGAGAUUAUUCAAAAGUUUCUUGUUGCAUAAGUGAUUUGAUGUCUGUUCCACUUAAGGUGUGACAGAGGUACGAGAACAAGAGGCCUUAGGGCGUUAUUCCUCUUCUAGUAAUUAUUGGGACAAUCAUGGUAAGCAAACUUAGUUCUGUAACUGCAUUUUUCACCUUAAAAGUUAAAAUGAAAUGCAUGAUGGUAUUUUAUUCCUCAACUUAUGCAACGCAGCAUUUUUAAUGUAAAUAGCACUGGACAUAUACCAAUGUAUAUGGUUACCUGGGUUAUAUCUAUUUUUAUGUAAACUCUAUUUUGUUUUUGCAAAAAGUGGAAGUGAGGCCUCUGUGCAGGUUGCCCUUGAAUUUUUCCCUGGUAAAGGCUGAGAUCCAGCUGUUUCUUAUGAAUAAAUGGGACUGUGUUUUCCAGUAUACAUGUACCGUGUUUUUGUUAGGUACAGUCUGGAUCAUGGCUGAUAGAAAUAGAGAACUUUAUUGCGGCUCUUUGUGCAUAAACUUUUUAAAAUUUGUAAUUUUGGUGGCAAAAAAUUUUAGCUUCUGUCAAUUUUGUAAGUCUACAGCUGAACUACUAAUCGUAGUCAUAAUAAAGAUUAGAACUUAACUAACAAUUAACCUAGGAAGCCUUGUUACAUGAUUGUACAUACUAUUUUAUCAAAUUUCCACACUGAAGUCUCAGUAUAUAGGUGUGUGCACCUAACCCAUCAGAAGCAAGAUACCAUUUCUUAGGAUUUUUUCACAGACUAGGGCUCUACUACUUCAGUCAUACACCUCCUCAUUGGGCCUUUUGAAAAUAAAAGUUACAAAGGUUAAAAAAUAAUGUGUGCUUAAUAUUCUAGUUGAUGUGAAAUAGAAUUACAUCAAGAGGCUAUUUUAGGAAACGUUAUUUAUUCCUAGUUUUUUUAUUACAUGUGAGAAUGAAGGAAUUCCCAAGCCUUCUGACAUAGAACCUAUUACCACAUUAACAAUUUAAUGGCUGUAGGUGAGAAGUAGUAUUUAGACAUAUGGAAAAGCCUUCAUGUAGAAAGGAAGCUGCUUGAAACUUGCAAGACUUCCUUUACCAAAAAUAUAAGCUAUGAACGAAUGUUAUGCCAGGUUGUUGCAAACAGUCUUCAAGCAUUAGGUAUGAUUGAGUUCUGCACAUUAUUAUAUCAAGUUGAGCAUAGAAUAUUUUAGCUGUAUUUAUUGGCUUUCUUCAAGCAGCUAGAGCAGAAAAAUUAGGAGUCACUAAUUUAAAACCUCUCCCUGGAGAUAGGACUAGAGAUACUUUGCCAAGUAGGAUUCUUAACAUAUUCACUUUAUGCCAGUGUUUAGGAAGAGAUAAAUUAUAUAAAGUGUGAUUUCUAAAGAAUGGUUUUCUAUAAAUUAUUAUAAAGUCCUGUUUUUUAGGAGUUGAUAACUCCUAUUAUGGGAGGUGUAUUUUGUAUGUAUAAAUUCACCACAAUUAAAGGUUACUUUUUAUCUUGUCAUUCCUUGCUCUGUAGAAUGACUGUCCUAAAUCGUGAUGAAUUAAAAUGGAAAAAAAUAAUGCAACAAAAUAGUAUAUUUAGGAAUGAGCUUUCGUGGUACACCUUAUAUGUCUCAUGGUUUCAGGUUUACAGAGUGCUCUGCACGCCUCGUGUCUGCAUGACGUCAUGCAGUCUGCACACUGGAGGAAUUCCAGCAGCUUUAAUUGUAAGCAUUAUGCUGGUGAACUAUAAAAAUUGCAUCCAUGUUUCUUAUGCCUUCCUUUAUCUUUCCCUUCGUUCAUCCUUCUUUUUUUUUUUUUUUAUUUUGAUACUUUAGAACACUUGUGCAAUCUCUAUUUCAUUCUUCCGUUAAAGACCUUUAUUUCUGCAGCUAAGGGCAGAGGUUAUGUUUAGGGUUGUAUAUCUUUAUUUACCAACUAAUGUGUUUGAGACUGUUUUUCAGACAGUCGGGGUCGAAAACAAACAUGUAUUGUCAGUGGCCAUGAAGCCUCUAGCAAGAGUUUGGAAACUUUUUCUAAUUUUGUGGCCAGAGACGUUGGUCUUGAGCUCUAGGACUUCAGCGUUAGUCAUACCUUUGUUGUUGUUGCUUCAUCUGUAAUGGGACUGGCUUUGUGUCCAUCUUGCAUGUUAAUUUCUGGCUUAUGUGUACAAGAGCAACUGUAAACAUGCAGGAAUUACUUUAAAAGUACUGAAAAUUUGGGAAUCAUAAUCUUAAGUAUGACAAGAGAAAACUCGGUUAGGAAUAUAAUCUAAAAGCCCCAUUAUUUUAAGGAAAAUUACUGGUGUGGUAGGGGGAGACAGUAUGUAUGGUAACAAAAAGUAUUCUAAAAAGAAUAGCACAAACUAAAAGAAGAAAUAUUUAUGACAGGCAGAAGAAUGCUGACAGGAUAGAAACCACUAGGCAGGAAAUGUGACACAGUUCCUAUUUAACUGAUAAGGUUAGUGAAAGGGAACUAAAAAUAUUUAGAGGUAAAGCCUUUGAAGGCAGACAGGGCAUGUGACACUGCAACUCCUAACAUUUUGACUUUUUAAUUUUUAUAUUUUCAUUAAAAUACUGUCCUCAAUUUUGUCACUGAGCAGCUUAAGCUUGUGUUGAGCUGUAGUCAGCUUGAUUAUUGUAAGAAUUACAACUCUGGCAUGACAUCACUGGGAUGAUUACGAUAGAGAAUUUAUGCCAUCUGUUACAUUUGUGAGAUUCGGCUAUGGUGGGAGUAGGUUUGAUGUAAUCAAUGAGGCGGUCAUAUUUGAUUUUAUAUAGACUGUCUUGCAAGGGCAAAUAGCAGAGUUUGGUUCACAUGGUUCUCUUCCUUGAGGUUAAGAGUAAAUUUGAACUUUUAGAAGGAUGUCACUAAUUUGAUUUAGGACACAACUGAGGUAUUGAAGUUCUCAAUCUUCACUAUCCCUUUUUCCUCCUAUACUUGAUAAUGAUGGAAAAGAACUAUGAAAGGAAAGAUGAGUAAUAAAUAGCCCUUUGAUUAUCCACUUGAAGUUACAUGCAUUUUCAUAUCACUCAGGUAAAGUUGGGAAUGACAGAACAGGUGUCUAUUUUUUAAAUUCCUGGAAUAGCAAAUGUUUAUUCCAUAACAUGCACGUCAUCUUAGCCAGUCAGAAAUAAUCCGUUUGUAUGGCAACGUAAAUACUGUCAUUCUAAUUCUGAUCGACUCAUUUUUGCCAAAUAGAGGAGAUAUACCUCCAUUUAUAUUUUGUACCUUAAAAAUAGAGAUUAAAAAUAGGAUUAUGUACGACUGACACUUUUUUUUACAAAGAGUGCCAUAAAUACAGAUGUGACGGGUGUGUGUUUCACAUAAUUUAUAACAGUUUCUGUCAGUACAGCAUAUACUGAAUAGUAGUUAUUUUCAACAUAUUCAAGUAUAUUCACAGUAAGUAAAGUGAAUCAUUUUGUUAUCUGCCAUAUUUUAUUGGAAAUAGUAAUAAAAUUUUAUAACUAUGGAAUGUCAGAGUACAUUGUGUGCAAACCAUGGCAAGGAAACAUUUACAUUUUUUACAAUAAAUUUCUUUUAAAAUAUACUUCCUAUUUUUAUGUACUGACAAAUGCAAUAAAUCACUGAAAGUUC